CUAAUUUAGUUAUAUAUAUUAUUUAACUAAGACUUUUUUGAAAAUAGUAAUUGUGGUUAGCAAAAUUCUUGUCUUUUACUUCACUUAAUUAACCUCCAAUUAUUUUCCUUAAACAAUCAAGUCACAUGACUCACAUUUUCUCUUUGCUCAUGAUGAUUUCAAUUUCCCACCAACUAUUUUAUCUAAAUGGUUGGUUGAUUGAAAAACAAUGAUUAGGUCAAAUACAUUGACACCUAACAUAAGCAAAAGUACAUAUAUAGCUGGUUUUUAUAUAAAAAUAAAUAAACCUACUAUACAAAGAAAAACUAAAAAAUUAAAAUAAAAUGAAAACCAUAUGUAAGCAAAAGAAGCUUCUAAGUUAUGUAUAUGACUUGGUCUCCCCAAUCUCUAGCAAUUUCCUUCUUCACGUCACAUGAUAUGAUCAGACGAAAUCAUUUAUUUACUAUAUAUCACUCUAAAUCUCAUACUUAAUUAUUAGGGGAAUCUUAUUUAACCACAAUUUUUUGUGUUAAUUACUUUAUUGAUAGUUAUAUAUACACUUUAAGGUAGCCAAACAUUUUUGGUGACCAACAAUUUUACUACCAACAAGUUUCAUUGACAACAAAGUUGCAUAUCACAUGUUUUCUUUACUUAUAUAUAUAAACGCAUUGCAUGACUUAAGAUACAGUGUGAUUAAAUAAAAUAAAAAUGGCUGUUGAUGAAAAAGCAAGCCUAGUGUUCAUCCCCUUCCCCGUCGUGAGCCACCUGGUCACGGCGGUGAAGACGGCGGAGCUCCUCGCCGCCCACGACAGCCGCCUCUCCAUCACAGUCCUCGUCAUGAGCAUGCCGACGGACACCAAGAUCAGCUCCUACAUCAAGAAUCCGCGGAUCAACUUCGUGCAGCUCGAACAAGACGUAUCCAACGGCGCAGAAGCGAUCAUGAAGCCUCCCAAGAGCAUGAUGCAUUUCGCCGGCCGCCACAGGGAUUCCGCCCGGGCGGUGGUGUCUGAGAUGAAGAGAUCAUGCAGAGUCGCCGGAAUCUUCGUCGACAUUAUGUGUGUCGACAUGAUCGACGUGGCCAAGGAGCUCAAGAUCUCGAGUUACAUUUUCUUUGCUAGUGGCGCCGCGGUUCUAGGGCUCACGUUCGAUUUGCAGAGUCUCCGAGACGAUGGUGGCCGGAAUUUGGCGGAGUUCGAGGGUUCGGAUGAGGUGGUUACGAUCUCGUCGUAUGUUAACCCGGUUCCGGCUAGGGUUUGGCCGGAGUCGGUGUUCGACGGGGAGAGCGGCUUCCUCGAGCUAUCGAGGAAGGCGCGGGAAGCGGACGGGAUCGUCAUCAACACUUUUCUUGAAUUGGAAUCAUAUGCGAUAGGCUCAACCUAUGCUAAUGAGCGGAUCCCGAGGUUUUACCCGAUCGGGCCGAUCAUCGGUGAAGGGAAAGACGAGAAUGAUGAGAGCCGACAGAGGCGCGGGGAAAUCAUGCGGUGGCUAGACGGGCAGCCGGACUCGUCGGUCGUGUUCCUCUGCUUCGGGAGCAUGGGAGCUUUCGGGGAGGAGCAGGUGGUGGAUAUCGCGGAGGCGCUGGAGCGGAGUGGGAAGCGGUUCUUGUGGUCGUUGAGAAAGCCGAUUUUCGAAGGGGGGUUUGCUUAUCCGACGGAGUACGAGAAUCCCGGGGAAGUAUUGCCGGUAGGGUUCCUAGAGCGGACGGCAGGGGUGGGUAAGGUGAUUGGGUGGGCCCCUCAGGUAGCAGUGUUGUCUCACCCUUCGGUAGGAGGGUUCGUGUCGCACUGCGGAUGGAACUCGACUUUAGAGAGUGUCUGUUGUGGGGUCCCCAUGGCCGCCUGGCCGUUGGGGGCCGAGCAGCAGACCAACGCAUUCCAAUUAGUGAAGGACAUUGGAAUUGCUGUCGAGAUUAAGAUGGACUAUCGAAAGAACAGUGGUGAGAUUGUGCCAAAAAAUAUUAUCGAGAAGGCAAUCAAGCAGCUAAUGGACCCCACGAAUGAGAUUCGAGUUAGGGUUAAGGAGUUGAAGGAGAAGAGCACAAGAGCCCUCAUGGAAGGUGGAUCAUCAUAUAAUCACUUAGGUCUUCUGAUUCACAAUUUCUUCAAGAGUUGUUGAAUGUUGCUCCGUUAAUUAGCCUAUAUAUGUUAAUUCCAAGGCUAUAUAUAUCCUACCUUCUAGUAUUGUGUUUCGAUUUCUAUUAUUAUCAUAUUAUUCAUAGAUGUUGCAUGUUAUUGAACGACAUAAUAAAUUGUGGAACAUGGGAUCUUAUCCGGGCUUGUUUAUUUAUUUAAUUUCGUGAUAAUCAAAUUGUGUAAUAUACAUUGUUAGAAA